AUGGGGUGCUGCCAGAGCGCGCCCCGCGUCGAUGAGGCGCCACCGAAGUCCCCAACCAUCGAGAGACUGCCCUCGCUCGUGAACCUACAGAGUCACCACAAGGUGAACCACCCCGUGGGCAUGAAGGUGCACGCCCACAGCGCCGGGUGGCAGGCGAACGCCGCGUACGGAGACUACCACGCGGUACACACGACGGAUGACUACAUGUUCGCGGCGCUGUUCGACGCCCACACCGCCACAGAGGCCGCCGCGUUCUGCAAGGCGAACUGCAUUCAAAUUUUCCAGCUGUGCUUGCGGAGGGGAGGUGGCGACCUUCGGGCAGUGCUCAAGGACACGUUCAAGGAGCUGGACGCGCAGUUCUUCAAGUCCCAGGCAACACCUGUGAUGAAGGCAGCAUGUGGAGCAAGCGGUGUUAUUGUGUAUGUAGAGUUUUCCAAACACAGGUGCUAUGUGGCCAAUCUAGGGACAGCUCAGUGUGUGGUCGGGUGGGCAACAGGUGGUUUUAAUUCAAAGAGCUGUGAUGGGCGACUGCUGACGCACGAUCACAGUGCAAGGGACCCAGUCCAACAACAACUGUUAAGGGAUGAAUUUCCAAGUGACCCAAAUAUUAUUCAUUAUUAUGAGGGCAAACCCAUGCUGAAGGGGGUCACAAAAUUGACACGUUGCAUUGGGUACGGACUGGGCAAGGACUCAACGCUUGCAGGGCAUUACAACAGGGUUGGUGUCCGCAAGGUGUCGCCGCUACCAACUAGAGAAAAGCCCUACAUCUCCAACGAGGCUGAUGUUGCUGUCCAUGACCUAUCGCCCCAGGAUGAACACAUCUUGCUUGUGUCAGAAGGCGUCUUGCAGCUCUUGAGCCCAACAGACGCCUCACUGUUCUGCAGUCAGUUCAGUCAUGCGCACCUGAGGAUGCUGCACAGGGAAUUGUCACAGCAGAUGCCCUCCACUUCAGCAACAGAACAGGACCUAGGGCCGUCAACUGCAAGUCCGGCGGCUGCGCUGGUGCGUUAUACAAUGGUCAAAGCUGCAGACAACUGGAGAAGGUGA